CUGUGUUGUUGUAUUGUCCCCGCCUCUCUGCUAUGCUCAAGACUCUCUCAAGUUCCUCGGUAUUGCUUUCCAAGAGACAUAUUGCAUUCAAUCCUUUCAAAACCCGCAGCACCCAUCCCCGCCACCUCCAGUCCUUCUUCCAUACUACCCCCAAAAUGGGCAGUGUCGACACCUCCCUCCACCCACACACCUCCGGCCGCGCCGCUGUCUUUGCACAGGCUCAUUCGUCCCCCAACCCUCUCAUCCUCUACGGCGGCUGGUUCUGCCCUUUCGUCCAACGCUCCUGGAUCACCCUCCACGAAAAGCGCAUUCCGCAUCAGUACUUUGAAAUCAAUCCGUACAAAAAGGACCCCGAGUUUCUGGCUCUGAACCCGCGCGGCCUCGUGCCCACACUCGCCGUGCCCAUUGACAAGGCCGGCAAGCAACAAAAACCCCUCUACGAGUCCGUCGUCAUAUGCGAGUAUCUGGACGAAGUAUACAACGAUCCGGAGCGAAACGGCCCGUCACUCCUGCCACCCGACGCAUACGAGCGGGCACGAUGCCGCAUCUGGAUCGAUCAUAUCAGCUCAAAAAUCCUGCCGGCGUUUUAUAAAUUCAUGCAGCACACGGAGCAGAAAGCUUACACACUUGACGAAGCGCGGCAAGAGCUGCUCGAUGGGAUCAAGACAUUUAUCAAGGAGGCCGAUCCCGAGGGACCAUUUUUCCUGGGCAAACAGUUCAGCAUGGUCGAUAUCAUGCUCGCGCCGUGGCUGUGCAGGCUGUUCUUGUUCGAUGUGUACAAGGGUGGCGUCGGGAUUCCAGACGAAGGAAAGGGAGGUGAAGAUGAGAAUAUUUGGGCAAGGUGGAGGAAGUGGGCGAAGGCAGUGCAGGAGAGAGACAGCGUGCAGGAUACGCUGAGUGAGAGAGAGCAGUACGUCGAGGCCUAUAGGAGGUAUGCCGAGGACACGACGCAAAGUCAGGUUGCGCAGGCGACGAGACAGGGAAAGAGACUGCCAUAAACAGGAGGAAAAGUGGAGGUGUCAUGAUAUAUGAGACACGAUAUCCGUAACCGUUUGCAUGGCUUUCCCUUCUCGAUCCAUGUCGGCUUUCUGAAAAGCCCUGCAGCCAACGCUCAAGCGUCCGUAGCGGCGUCAAUGAAGCAUGUUGGUCUCUUCCCGCGGACUGCCACCGAAGUGUACCUUGG